GAAACAGCGAGUAUAUGUGUGAACUGCGGACGUGAAAGAGAACAGGGGAGGAACAGAGCUCCAGUCACGUCAUUGAAACCGGACGAAAAAGUCCAGUCUGACGGAGCUGCAGAGAAUAAAGAUGUUUUCUCCCAGAGGCCUUCAGUCUAUGAUGCUCCUUGUUCUUCUUGGACUCGGCCGUCAUGAUGUGGAGGCUUCAGAAGGAAAACAAGUUAUUCAUAAAAGAGUUGGAGACUCUGUGGAGCUUUCAUCAAAUUUACCAACUGAAGGAGUCAAAAGGGCAACAUGGAAAUAUAAAAACUCAAUAGUAGCAGACAAAGAUUCAGGUCUUUUUCCAACCAAUCCAUUUCAGAAGAGAGUGAAGUUCAAUAACACAACCCUUAGUUUAACAAUAAGAGACCUGACUCUUCAAGAUUCUGGUGAAUUCAGUUUUACCUCAACAACUGACAGACAAAGACCUUCAGUCUCCAUCACUCUGCUAGUUCACGAGCCGAUAUCCACAAAUUCAAUUGUGUUUUCCAACGUCACUGAAGAUGGAUCAAAUGGAGUUUGUACAGUUUUUCUGGAGUGCAAAGCAAAUCCUCACAGUGACGUCACCUACAGCUGGACUGUGGGAACCCAAACCAGAAACGGCUCCAGACUGCAAUACAGCAUUAAACCACAAGAUGGAGACACCACAUUCACCUGCACUGCCUCCAAUGUUAUCAGUGAGAAGUUAGCAUCCACAACACUGAGAUGCAGCAACACAGGAACCAACUCUACUGACGAUGUGGAGGCUUCAGAAGGAAAACAAGUUAUUCAUAAAAGAGUUGGAGACUCUGUGGAGCUUUCAUCAAAUUUACCAACUGAAGGAGUCAAAAGGGCAACAUGGAACUAUAAAAACUCAAUAGUAGCAGACAAAGACAAAGGUCUUGCUCAAACCAAUCCAUUUCAGGACAGAGUGAAGUUCAAUAACACAACCCUUAGUUUAACAAUAAGAGACCUGACUCUUCAAGAUUCUGGUGAAUUCAGUUUUACCUCAAGAACUGACAGACAAAGACCUUCAGUCUCCAUCACUCUGCUAGUUCACGAGCCGAUAUCCACAAAUCUAAUUGUGUUUUCCAACGUCACUGAAGAUGGAUCAAAUGAAGUUUGUACAGUUUUUCUGGAGUGCAAAGCAAAUCCUCACAACAACGUCACCUACAGAUGGAGUGUGGGAACCCAAACCAGAAACGGCUCCAGACUGCAAUACAAUAUUACACCACAAGAUGGAGACACCACAUUCACCUGCACUGCCUCCAAUGUUAUCAGUGAGAAGUUAGCAUUCAAAACACUGAAAUGUAGCAACACCACAGGACUCAGUUCUACUAAAGGAAUACCAAUGAUAGUCUGGAUUAGCGUUGCAGCAGGAGGAGGUUUACUGAUCAUUAUUAUAAUCAUAGUGGUGAGCGUAUGUCUCUGCAAAAGAAAAUGGUCUGGCAGUGAUUCAAAUGAACUCACAGUGUAUGCCGAUAUCUCCGAUUUUUCAUCUGAAGUUGGAAGCUCUGAUAAACCCUGCUCUCUGUACGACACUAUCGACAGCAGAAACAGUCCGGAUCGGCAAAUGCCUCAGACGGUCUACGACAAGAUCCAGAUCCAGCGGAUGAGGAAGACUUCGGUGUCUCCGUACCAGGAGGUUUCCUAGACGAUUUGAACCUUUACGUUUUGGUGCACCUAAAAAAAAAAAAAAGUCAGAAAACACCCACUGGCGUUAACAGUUCCAGUGUAAUGGAGGAACCGUUAGAGCUGAGCAUAAUUUGGGACAUUUUCAGCAGCUUUAAGAUUGUGGGCCAAUUUUGAUGCAAGGACUUGCUUUUCCAAGUUACACAUUACACCUGUUGAUGUCAAUAACUGCUUUGGCAUUUACAAUGUGCAACAUGUAAUGUCAGACCCUCGUCAGACCUAGCAGAAAUACAAGAACGCGUCUCUUGGUUGAUAAAGAUAAACAGUCCAUUGGAAACGUAUCCAUACCCCUUGAUGUGUUUCCACUUUUUGUUACAUUACUAUUGAGAUUUGUGCGAUAAACAACACGCAGUAGAGUAAAAUUUGGAAGUGGGAGGGAAAUUAUACAUGGAAACGACGCCGUGAAUUUGGAUUCGGACUCUUCAACCUGUGAAUCUCUGCAGCUCCUCCACAGCAACCAUAUAGUAUUCUUGGUUACUUAUCGAAUUGAGACGUAGUUCUCAUGUGACAUCACACUUCGGGGAACUUUGUAGCUGUCAGCCAUCUUGGUAGGGACCAUAACUAAUUGUAAUGAUAGUUGCCAUGGAGUUGCUUUGACAAUAAACAAUCCGCAAGCUUAGAACUAGCUCUUACCUCAUUUCUGUCUAAUUUAUGAACAAUAACAGUACAUUACAACUAGUACUCAGUUACAAUUUUUGAGUACUCUACCUUCCUUUUGUUGGUCAGGUAGCCGUAGUUCAUCUUCAAAUCGUCUUCAAAUCAAACAAAGUUGGUGCCAAACAUUUGUGUGUAUUUUUUUUUUUUUUUUUAAGAUUUUCAUAAAAGUUUUCACCCGUCAUGAAAGGUCAAAAUUGGGGUAUGGAUACUUUCUAUGGAUGACCUGGACUUUAGAAUUACUCAGGUAUUUACACUAGCUUUUAAAUAAAGGAGAACAAUAUACCACUCUGCAUAUUUUUUUAUUACAAACAGAGCACUGUGUUGAAAUGAACAUGUAGCAACAGUGAGCCAAAUCAUCUCCAAAGACCACCAACAACAAAGAUCACACAACAGGGAGCACUCACUCUGUUAAAAUUAAAGAGAAUUUCAACCAGUUUUAUUUCACUGCUGUCCCAAUAUGACCAGAUCACCUGGCAUGUGCGUCGGUGCCAGGUCUGAACUGGAUGUGAGAAAAUGUGACAUCAUAGAAACAAUCUAUUUUCAUAAGAUUUAUUUUUCUGAAACACCCACCAUUGUGUAAUUUUUAAAAAAAAUGGUUUUGUCAUAAACAAAACUAAAAGUGCCCAUUUUCUUUGAAGCAACAAAGAGAGAGAAAGGUUAAGGUAAUUAGUCAAAUUCUAAAAUAAUACACGUAUCAGAUAUCGGUGGAUGAUAUGCAAAUUAAUAAGAAGCAUUGAUUUGAUAAAACCUAAUUUAAGGACAGUGAUUUGCAAAACGCACACGUUUAUUGUUCAUUUCAAAUUUGUCCAUGUUUUUUCCAUAUUUUGAAGCUGGGAAGUGGAUAACUUUCUGUUUUUUAAUGUAUAUUAACUUAUAUGUUUGUACAUCUUGUAAAUAUAUAGAUGAUAUAAAUAAAAAUGUAUAUUACGCAAAUGUUUGUCUUGUUGAGGUUCACUUGUGUUGCCGUUCACCCAGCUGUAUGUCUGCUUGUUUUUUUGUUUUGUUUUGUUUUUUCAUUUAUUUAUUUUUUUUAAAACCAUCUGUACCAUAAUAAAAAUUUUGUCUGA